UAGUUAUAUCAGAUUUAUUUCUUUUUAUUUAGAUAUCUCGAAUCUCUGGCUGGAUUCUGUAAAGCGCAUAUAUAGGCGCAUUUUAUUACAGUAUACGUGACAUGGACUAUAGAUAAAUGCGCGCAUCGUCCAGCUUUUGUUUUUGCAGCGCGAUUUCGAUCGCUUGCGCCGCAUCGUUUUAGUGUAAAGUUUAAAGUCUGCUGCACACAAUGUCAUUUAAUUAAAAAAAAACGUAACAUAAUAAAUAUUUUAUUAUAAAAUAUCCUCUCUUAAUAUUAUCACAUUUUUAGUAGAAUGUCGAAUAUUUCUUCGAUUAAAGUGCAUUAUUCUCUCGCACUGGACAUCUUUAAGCGUGUAGCGCUCUUUGAUUUCAUCUUCGUAGCUGAACUUUUCAUAUCUUUCAUCCGAUUCCGUCCAAUUAGGAUACAUUCACAUUAGGAGUGAAAAAUGGAAUGCGAAAAAAACUGAAUUUGUUAAAGUCAAUCCAUAAAAAAGCAAAUUAUCGUAUAGCAGAAUACAGUGACAGUACAAAUGUACCUUUCUUUUAGCUUUAACAAACUCUGCUUAUUUAUAUUUUGUUUUAUGCCCCUGAUAUGAAUACACCCUUACGGAUCGAUUUUAUUUUGAGAACAAGAAGUAAAAGAGGAACAAAGCAGUGUGUACUGCUACGACGAGACAAGAAGACGCAACUGGAUACAAUUAAAUCGAACAGACUUGUUCCAUUCAUAUCUUGUGGCUGUGGGUGCAAUAUCCCCUACCAUUCACAUCGUCCAACCGCCAACCCAACCGAGUGAACGGCAGCAGCCGUUAGUCCUGGCGUGUUAGCGUCGCCAAUAACAGACCAACGGCGAGUGUGUUUCCGCCAUCCGUCCAUCCGACAUCUUGGUCUUUGUCGUCUCGCGCUACUUUCCUAAAUGGCCAGGAACCGUCGAGGAACGACGGUCCUGCUCGUCGUCCUGGCGCUGGCGAGCGCCAGCCAUGGCUUCGACGUUAGCCUGAACGACGCGCUGGAUCUGAUCAAGUUGGGUCGCGAGACCGUGGUGGAGAUGCUGGAGUCCUGGGAGAUGAUCCAUACGCACGGCCCCGUCGAACAGGAGGGCGGCCAGGACUUGCUCGUGAAGAGAAUGGAGCGGGAGUUGCGACGGCGGAUCGACCUGGUCUCCAAAAAGAUCGACAUCUAUCAGGAAAGGAUGGAGAUCAAGGCCGACACGAUUCUGACGCAGCUGCUGUUGCGACUCCCGAUGCAGCGCAGGCUCGACGACAGCCUGAGAGAGCUGGACCGUUACAUCGGCCAGGUGCAAGGGCUGUACAAGAUCUUCGAGAUGUACGCGGACAAUCCGGACAGAUACGAAAGGUACACGAUAGUGCAGUUCGCCAAAUCCUGCGUAUCGCCGAGAUUGGGGGAACUGCCGGAUGUUCUCAAGUCGAUACACAGAUUGAUGGUGCCGUCCGAACAACAGGUGUAUAACAGGGACGUCCUCAGACUCCUGGCUAAUCAGAUGCAGGUAGGUACCGGGAUACGAGAAUCAGUUUCUAUGAAAACGAUCGAAGAAAUGGAUGGGUUUCCUGACUGACAUCGGGCAAUCUAGACGAAAAUAAAUGUGACUCCUGAUCAAGGAUCUUCUCUUUGGAAGAUUU